AUGUCUGCAUCAACCGUCUCCGCCUCCACCGCCAACUUCCCAGCCGAUUCUCGCUCUGGGCCCCGCCGACGACUAAGCCAACUACGAGCCUACACUCAGAAUCAUUUUUCACCUCAUACCACCUCCUCUUCUGCAAAUCCUCAGCGCUCUUCCCGUCGACAUACCUUCAGCAGUCGUGUUUCUUGGUUUUCCCCUUCCUCUGCCUCGUCGACUAGCCCGGAGUCUUCGUCUCUCCCUUCAGUGGGGACCUCGCAUCCAGCUCCAUGCCCAAACAGCGAUCAAUCUGCUCUCGCUCGUUAUAGCUCCGUCUUCUUUCCUAGCUACCGCGCUAUCGACGUAGAUUUGCAGACUCGCGAUCUCUCAACAGACUCGUCACGAUCGACCCCUUCGAACGACUCCGGUGGUGAAAAUUCUCUCGAGGCGAUGGCGCGUUCGGGAGCUUCAUCAGGAACCUCGAAUACACGAGAUGACCAGCGAGCAUCGAGCUCGUCUACCUCAGUGAAUCCCAGCACGAGCACUUCCGAAUCUGCAAAUCCGACCGCGAGUCAAAAUUCUUCGUCCCCUGACCCGAAGGGAAAGGCCACCAUCCGCUUCUUUCCCCAUCAGGAUUCCAGCCAAAGCUCCAGGCCAUCCCUGCACUUCAUUCCUAUUUCACGAACUCUACCGUCGGAAAGUAGUGUGAUUCGUGUUGGCCGAUACUCCGAGCGCGAUGGUAUGCCUGUGGCCAACCCUACCGAACCUUCGGAUGCCCCUGUCGGAUUCAAGUCGAAAGUUGUGAGUCGGAAACAUUGCGAGUUCCUCUACAUAAAUGGACAGUGGCAUAUCAAGGAUGUGGGGAGCUCGUCUGGAACCUUCUUGAAUCACAUGCGGUUGAGCCAGCCAAAUAUGGUUUCGAGGCUCUAUACUAUCAAGGAUGGCGACAUCGUACAACUUGGCAUCGAUUUCAGAGGCGGUGAGGAGAUGAUCUUUCGAUGCGUGCGGAUACGCAUCGAGUGCAACCGUUCCUGGCAGCAGCAACCCAACGAGUUCAAGUACGGAGAUCCCCCUGAACGGCAGAAAUAUUUUACCCGACCUUAUCAGUGCUUGUUCAUGGCAGCUUGUGCUCAUGUAUGGCAUUACAAGUGUAUCAGCCGUCUUAUACAUACUCCUGAGUACCCGAUGUUUCAAUGUCCCAAUUGUCGCGCAUACACAGACUUGAGCGCCGAGGUGGACGAUUCCAACGACUCAAACGGUGUGGAUACGAGCGAGCAGAAGGAUGAUGUCCAGGAGCCAGCGCAGACGCCAGCAGUAGAGCCUUCAUCAGAAAGCCAAGCACCCUCAGCGGAUUCGGACCCGGCAGCAGCUCCCACGCAUGUGCGCACGGGAAGCAAUCGUCAAACAAGCGAGACAGCCGUUGAGGAGGGACUAGCCGAUAACAUCGAGAACAUGCGGCUUCAAGACGAUGCUCCGUCUGAAGCUGAGGCAGAGCGAACUCCGAACCUGGCAUCCACCUCUCCUGAACCGGCUGUGAGCAACGUUACUUCUGCUCCUACAACUGAUGCUGAUGUUUCCGUUCUUCCAUCCGGAACUCAGCUCUCAAACCCCGUCCCGAUCAGACAAGCACACCUGCGCUCUGACACACCUUUCCGCUCCGAGUCGUCCGAUGACAACCCGCUCACGCCUAGGAACGAUUCAGGACCUUUGGCCUUCGAUGGUAGAGCUGGCAUGCCGUAA